GGCUGGAGACUCAUGGCAGUGUCAGUUUGGGGCAGCAACAUCCCCAGGUCUCUCUGGCUGACUUUUUUGAGGUGACUCCUUUCCAAGUUCUGCAGGAAGGACAGAGGAGCACCUGGCCCUGGGGGACAAUGCUCUGGCCAAGAGGCUUCGCGAAGGGAGCCCCUGACCCACCAUGACGUUCAAGCAAGCGUCCAUGAUGGCCCCAGAGGCCACGGCCAGCACGCUGCCCAUGAGCACGAUGGAGAACUCCACUGAGGCUGCGGGGCCGGGCGAGAGCAAGGAGGACAUGUUCACCAAACUGAGGGACAAGUUCAUGAAUGAGCUCAACAAGAUUCCCUUGCCACCCUGGGCCCUCAUCGCCAUUGCGGUCGUGGCUGGACUCCUCAUCCUCACCUGUUGCUUCUGCAUCUGCAAGAAGUGCUGCUGCAAGAAGAAGAAGAACAAGAAGGAGAAGGGCAAAGGCAUGAAGAAUGCCAUGAACAUGAAGGACAUGAAGUCAGGCAACCAGGACGACGAUGACGCAGAGACAGGUCUGACAGAGGGGGAAGGUGAGGAAGAGGAGAAGGAGCCGGAGAACCUGGGCAAGCUGCAGUUCUCACUGGACUACGAUUUCCAGGCAAACCAGCUCACAGUGGGGAUCCUCCAAGCUGCUGAACUGCCAGCUUUAGACAUGGGUGGCACCUCAGACCCCUACGUCAAGGUGUUCCUGCUCCCUGACAAGAAGAAAAAGUACGAGACCAAAGUGCAGAAGAAGACCCUCAACCCUGCCUUCAACGAGACCUUCACCUUCAAAGUGCCCUACCAGGAGCUGGGUGGGAAGACGCUGGUGAUGGCCAUCUACGACUUCGAUCGCUUCUCCAAGCACGACAUCAUCGGUGAGGUGAAGGUGCCCAUGAACACUGUGGACCUGGGCCAGCCCAUUGAGGAGUGGCGGGACCUGCAGAGUGGUGAGAAGGAAGAGCCAGAGAAGCUGGGAGAUAUCUGCAUCUCCCUCCGGUACGUGCCCACGGCCGGGAAGCUCACUGUCUGCAUCCUGGAGGCCAAGAACCUGAAGAAGAUGGAUGUUGGGGGCCUCUCAGAUCCCUACGUGAAGAUCCAUCUGCUGCAGAAUGGCAAGAGAUUGAAGAAGAAGAAGACCACAGUCAAGAAGAAGACCCUGAACCCCUACUUCAAUGAGUCUUUCAGCUUUGAGAUCCCCUUUGAGCAGAUACAGAAAGUGCAGGUGGUCAUCACAGUGCUGGACUACGACAAGCUGGGGAAGAACGAAGCCAUCGGCAAGAUCUUCACAGGCUUGAACUCCACGGGCACGGAGCUGCGGCACUGGUCCGACAUGCUGGCCAACCCCCGGCGGCCCAUUGCCCAGUGGCACUCGCUCAAGCCCGAGGAGGAAGUGGAUGCAGCUCUUGGGAAGAACAAAUAGGCAGCUCUGCUGGCCGGCGCGGCGCUGCGGACAGUUGACCCAGAGCUACUGAUACCUCAGUUCUGCAACCUUCCUUUUGGUUUUUUUGUUCUGUUUUAAGCUGAAAUGUCCUUUGAUACCUCUGGAAGGGUAUCCAGGCAGUCCCAGUCGCUUCCAGGGGAAGAGGUUAAAGACAUGGAUGGUUCUUUUUGUUCUUCAGCAUCGCUCCUUUCUGCUGCAUGUCCCAUUGACUCUGCUUGCCAUCCCUUCCCAGUGCAAAGCCACUGGCACACCUGGGACCUUCCCCAGCAGCUGUGUCACCAGUCUGCAGCAUUGCUGCCACCAUCCUGCCCUUGGGAUCGCGUGGGGAACCGUGGAAGGUGAUAUUGGAGCCUGCUGGUGUGAGAUGACCAGACCCACCAUGCUUGGUUGGGGUGUGACCAGUAGUGAGACACAAAAACGGUGCAGAAGACCCUCUGAAGAGACCCAGGUGCCUCCCCCUGGCCCUCUCCAAGGAAGGCUGAGUGUCCCUGGCCAUCUCCAGGUUUGGGUUCUCUGAGGAGAGGCUUGCAGGGGCCGUGGAUCCUGCUGUGGUGGUGGGGUCAAGCUCUCAGUGCUGCAGCAAGAGCUGUGGAGGCACAGGGAGCCUCGGGAGGGUGGCUCCAAGGAGAUACAGGGUGAAAUGUGGAUGCACCAGCAGCACUGUGGGGAUCACCACCACCACCACCAGCAUCACCCCCUGUGUUCUGUCCCCAGAGGGGCAGCACUGGGUGAUUUGUGUCUGUGUCCCACCAUGCCUGGUGAAUCCCAUAGAUCAAAAUGCUUCCAUGAGGCAAGUAUACAAUGAGAGGUCUCCAGAUGUGAUGGGGCAGACCCCAGAGCUGCACCUGGUGGCUCCCCAGAGACCGUCCAUUGCAUGUCCCAGGGCUCAGGCCCCCUGUGGGCACCCCAGCCUCAGGGCAGCUGGGGGGCCGUGGGGAGCUCCAGCCCCAGCACCUGCUGCGGGUGGGGCAGGCAAGAGCAAGCCUGGGACCAGCAAGGCACCAAAGACCCCCAUGAGCUGCUACUCCCCACCAGGCCAUUGGCUGUUGAACCCACCCUGUCCUGCUCCCCUCAGGGGUAUAAGCCAUAUCCGUGACCCUGACAGUGGCUAAGAGCUUCUCUAGACUGUUUCUCCCACUUCCCAGAAAAGACCCUGAGCUGGAAAGCCAACACAGUUCUCUGCAGCUGGGAAAGGGUCCAGCAGCCCUGCCCAGUUCAGUUCAGUCUGUACUGACGCCAGCUCGUGUCCCUGUCCCAGCUCCAGCUCCACAGCAGCCUCAAGCUCUGCUCCCUUUGGCUUCCUUGGGCUCGGUGCUGGGGAUUCUGGCACCGCAGGAGGGUCAAGCCCCAGGGAUGUGCUGGCACUGGGGACACUGCUCUGGGGGUUCAACACCUGGGCUGGGACUGUGGUGCAGGGUGUCUGGGUCUGGGGGCAAAGUGCCAAAACUGAGCUCAUCCCACCGCUGUCAGAGGCUUUGGCAGCUCCCACAGCUCUGACUUCCCAAAGGGAAUCCUGGUCCUCUCCAGAGGUGGGACAUGAUGGGAAAAUUGGUGGUAGUUACUGGGUUUGAAACUUGGCUUGGGGGGUUCAAAUGGACACAGGGGCCAGGCCCUGUCCCUGGAGGGCUGUGCAGCUCUGGCACAGGUCCCCAGGGCAGGACAUCUCCAUCCAUGGCAGGUUUGGGGCUCAGAUGGCCAAGCUGCAGUGUGGGAAGGGGAUGUUGGACAGAGACCUCUAAUGACCACCUCUGCCACCACUGUGGCUGCACUUGGCCAUGCCCUGGUGGAGGUGGCACUGGGGCCACGCUGGGUCUACAGGAGUCAUCCAGCCAGUGGUCCCUCAGAGCCAUUUCCUGCUUUAAUUAGUUUGUUUUCCUAAUGGAUGUGUCUGUGCCAAUCGAGAGGGUCCUGUCCUGCCCCUGUAGCCAAAGGGAGAAGUCUUGGGAUCAUUUAAUAAUGGGGAGCUGAUGCUGCAUGGUCAGGAGCACUGGCAGGACUCAGUCUCAUUUUGGGGUCCACCCAGGCACGGGGAGUGUGUGUGUGUGUGUUUGGUGUGUGUGUGUGAGUGUGUUUGUGUGUGUGUGUGUGUUUGGUGUGUGUGUCUGUGUGUCUGUGUUUGCCUUACAUGGAAUAAGUUAAAAGAGGAGGAAUUAGAAAAAGCACUGAAAUGCUACUGAUAGCAGCCAGCAAAUGUGCAUGGCCCCACAGCCUUCCCAGGGAAACAGAUGGAGGUGUGCACACCUGCACAUCACACCUG